AAUAUGAUGCGCAGUGCGCACUCCCUACCCCGAUCAAAAACUCCACUCUUCUUUCAGACGCUUUCUUCCGACCACUAGCUAAAACCUAGGGUUUCUGCUUUUCUUCCCUCAAUCCACCCCUAUUCCUCUACAAUUCCGCACAUUGUGCAUCUUUCCGCCAUUUUUAUCAUCCUUUCAAGCUCAGAUUUCAUUAAUUCUCUCACAAAUUUCGUCUUGAUUUAGCAUCGACAAGCCUAGACCUAGCUCGAUAUUUCAAUGGCGAAGACAAAGCCUGGAAAGAAAGAUUUAGAUACUUACACUAUCAAGGGAACCAACAAACUCGUUAGACCUGGAGACUGUGUAUUGAUGAGGCCUGCUGAUUCAGAUAAGCCUCCGUACGUAGCGCGUGUGGAGAAGCUGGAGGCUGAUCACCGGAACAAUGUGAAGGUAAGGGUUCGGUGGUAUUACCGGCCAGAAGAGUCAAUCGGAGGAAGGAGACAGUUUCAUGGCGUGAAGGAGCUGUUUUUAUCAGAUCAUUACGACAUGCAAAGUGCUCAUACAAUCGAAGGGAAAUGCAUAGUUCAUUCAUUCAAAAACUACACAAAGCUCGACAAUGUUGGCACUGAAGACUAUUUCUGUCGCUUUGAAUACAAGGCCGCUACUGGUGGUUUCACCCCUGAUCGUGUUGCUGUGUACUGCAAAUGUGAAAUGCCAUACAACCCGGAUGAUUUGAUGGUACAAUGUGAAGGAUGCAAGGACUGGUUUCAUCCAUCUUGUAUGGGAAUGACAAUUGAAGAAGCAAAAAAACUGGAUCAGUUUUUGUGUUCUGAUUGCUCUUCUGAUGAUGAUGCAAAAGGGUCAUUAAACUCGUUCCCAAUUUCACCAUCCACUGAGGCUAAGAUGGAGGCAAAACGCAGAAAGCAGAGAUGAAAAGGAGGUAAUGAUUUUGUUGAGUGGUAUCGACUCUCCAGGGUUGGUGUUGUGGGGAUGUGUACAGAGGAUGAUUGCAGAAUUAAGAAGGUUUUUGUUUAAAGUUGUGUGUGAAAUGUAUUUAUCUUUUUUUUUUUUUUUGUGAUGUUUUCUUAGACUAGUCUUUCUUGUGUAGUUGAGUUGUGUUAUUUUGGUACAAUUAGAGUAGAAGAACAAGAGUUAUGAAACGGAGUCACAAUGCAUCCUUAUUUUCUGUUGGUUUAACUUGUGAUUGUGUUUGUUGUGA